AUGGCGGGAGGGCAGGGGCAGGACCGCCUCUAUGCGCCAUGGUGGGAGGGUGAUCGCCAGAGGCUGGGCCGCCAGUGGGGCCAUGGCAGGGACGCUGAGCCUGGGGUGCAAAGCUCUGACCCAAGCUCCAGCAGGCGCACGUGCAAGAAGGCCAUCCAGCCUCAGUGCUCUACCGGACACCUCAGACCCACCAAGAGCAUGCUAAGAACCCACAGCCAGGCCAGUCGGAGUGAGAGAGAAGGUCCGUCGCCAGGUCAGCCUCCUCGGGAUGCAGUGAGGCGGAAGGAGCCAGCACCAGCCCUGGACCGUCACGGCACGUCCGCCCUGGACGUCACGGCGCACAUGCCCUGGAGGUCACGGCGCGCCCGCCCUGCACCAUCACGGCGCACCCGCCCUGCACCGUCACAGCGCACCUGCCCUGCACCGUCCUGGCGAGCAUGCCCUGCACCAUCACUGCGCGCCUGCGCUGGACCAUCACAGUGCGUCGACCCUGGACGUCACGGCGCACAUGCCCUGGACCGUCACGGCACGUCCACCCUGGACGUCAUGGCGCACAUGCCCUAG